AUGGGUUCAAUCUCGAACGGCGUCGACAACGCUAUUCCAGCAAAAGGAAGCUUCCUCUUCACCUCCGAAUCAGUUGGUGAAGGACACCCAGACAAGAUCUGUGAUCAAGUUUCUGAUGCCAUUCUCGAUGCAUGCCUCAAGGAGGAUCCUCUUUCGAAGGUCGCCUGCGAAAGCGCAACCAAAACUGGCAUGAUCAUGGUGUUUGGUGAGAUCACCACCAAGGCUCGAUUAGAUUACCAAAAAGUCAUUCGAAAUGCCAUUAAAGACAUUGGCUACGACGACUCAGCAAAAGGUUUCGACUACAAGACCUGCAACAUCCUGGUUGCAAUUGAGGAGCAGUCCAAGGAUAUUGCACAAGGCCUUCACUACGAUGAGGUCCUCGAGAAAUUGGGUGCUGGCGACCAGGGCAUCAUGUUCGGUUAUGCCACCGAUGAAACACCCGAGUACCUACCUCUGACCAUCCAGCUCUCUCACAGACUCAACAAGGCCAUGCGAGACGCACGAAACGAUGGCAGCCUACCGUGGUUGCGACCCGACACCAAAACCCAAGUCACAGUCGAGUACGACCAUGACAAUGGUGCCGUUGUACCCAGAAGAGUCCACACUGUAGUCGUUUCUGCACAGCAUUCGGAAGACAUCACAACCGACAAGCUACGAGAAGAGAUCAAGGAGAAAAUUGUCAAGAAGGUCAUUCCUGCAAAACUGCUCGAUGAUAAGACAGUCUACCACAUCCAGCCUUCUGGUCUGUUCAUCAUUGGUGGACCACAAGGAGACGCUGGUCUGACUGGCCGGAAGAUCAUUGUUGAUACCUAUGGUGGUUGGGGUGCACAUGGUGGUGGUGCUUUCUCUGGAAAGGAUUACAGCAAGGUCGACCGAUCUGCUGCCUACCUCGCACGAUGGAUUGCCAAGUCUCUCAUCAAGGCCGGUCUCGCACGACGAUGCCUCGUUCAGCUUUCGUACGCUAUUGGUGUUGCUGAGCCACUUUCGCUGUAUGUUGAUUCAUAUGGCACAUCCACCAAGUCUUCAGAGGAGCUUGUUGAGAUCAUCAGAAAGAACUUCGACAUGCGACCUGGUGUCAUUGUCAAGGAACUUAACCUUACCAACCCUAUCUACUGCCAAACUGCCAAGAAUGGUCACUUCAGCGACCAGAGUUUCCCGUGGGAACAACCCAAGGAGCUCAAGUUCUAG